AUGGUUGAAGAUUUCCACUUUUAUGUGAAAUUUAUUGAAGUAGCUUUGGAUGUGAAAGAUGCAGCAGAAGUGAUGAUUACCUAUCAAGUAGAUGUCAGUUCAAGGCUCCAGCAGCAGGGCGGGACGGACGUGGCCGUGGACUUGUACCUGGCCGUCCGGCUGCUCUUCACCGGCCUGGCCCUCGUCCUCGCCUCCAUCUUCGUGAGGCCGCGGGGAGCCGAGGGGGAGCGGCCCCGGGAGCCGGCGGAAGCCGAAGCGGCCCGGGAGAGCGGCCCCGGGGACCAGGCGGAGGCGGGAGCGGGGCCAGAGGCCGGGAAGGAGGUGGCUGCUGAGCAGCAGGAGGAGGUGGCAGAGGAGCUGAGCCCUGCUGCCUUGCCCAGCCCCGCGAUGGCCAAGAGCGUCCUCUGGCAGCUGCUCACUGAGCCCCGCGAGCCCGAGUCCCAGGAAAAUGCGGAGAGCAAGAUACCAACUUUGGGAGCCUCAGCUGGGUCCAGCCUCAGGCACCCAGAACAAGUGGAGGAUGCAGGAGACUACGCAGCAUUUCCCAGCAAGGCAGAGGAGGAAGAGCUGGACUCAGAAAAAGAGAAGCCGGUGGUGGGAGAGCCGGCAAGCACAGCAGCUACACCAGCCCCAGUGACAAGUACAGCAGCAUCAACUGAGAGUUCUGAAGGUUGUGAAUGGGCUUUGGGUACCCUUGGGACCUGCCUGCUGAUUGUGAUGGGGAUCAGCAUGUUGGCACACAUACAGAGUGUGUUUUACCCAUGACCAUUUUGUCUGAUCUCAAAAGUUAAGCAGAGUUGAGUUUGGGUCUUGUCUAGGGUCAGAUGACAAUAUAGGAGGACCAGGAGAUUUUCCCCAAGGCUGGACAGUCAUGAGUGGCAGGGCAUGUGUGACAGUAUGGGCAAGUAUCUAGCCCACUGGGACCCUCCAGUGCUUUGGAAGCAUUGGAGAUGGAAGGCAGCUGUAUGGAGUCCCCAGCGAUAAGUUGCAGAAACUGCUGAAGGGGAGGGUGAAUUAUUUUGAGCCUGGUGGGCCCAUGACACUUCAGGCCAUCAGAGCAGAGAUGCAACAUAGAGAUGGACUCAUGAUCAAGGGGUGGACUUAACAAUGGACACUAUUGCCCAGGUUAUUCACGAGUGUGAACACUGCACACAGUCUCUCCUGCUCUGGAAGACUGUUACAAGAGAUGGAGCCUGACAUCAUGGACCAGAUGGACU